AUGACGGCCUACACAGGGGCGGCAGAUGCUAUGUUUGGCCCCAGAGUCAGCAUCGCCUGUCGCGCCUUUGACUUCACUAUCUAUUCGAUGGACGUGUUUUUUGCGUGCUUACCGGCCGCAUUAUUUCUUUUAAUUUUCCCCUUUGAAUUGUGGCUGCUACGGAACGAGCCCCGCCGAGUUCAGCGAUCGGCCCUACUAGGUUGUAAGCUGCUCAGUCGCUACUGGGGAUUGGCUCGUAUUAGAACGCUAGGGCUCAUUCCCACCGUGACCAACGCGGCGACCCCCUUUACAUUGGGCUUUGGCUUCACUCUGCUUUCGAUGGUGAUCGAAUCCACAGAAAAACGGUCUAGUCUCACGGCGACUACAGCAAAGCCUGCGACACCAGAGCCCUUCAGUGGCUUCUGGAAGCGCGCUAGUUUCGCAUGGCUCGCUGGGACAUUUCGCCAGGGUUACGCGAAAGUCUUGUCGGUACACGACCUUCCAGAGCUGGACCCCCAGCUGAACAGUCAAACUGUGGCGCAGAAGCUGCACCGCAGCUGGGCGCAAGUCAGUAGGUAG